AUGUUCACGUCCGCCUGCAGAAACGUCGCCCGCUCGAGCGCAUCAAGGACCAUUGCCACAGCACCUAUUCGCAGGAGCUUGCACCGCCUGUCUACACCUUCAUCUCUUACCUCGACCGCCACCAGAUACCGUCCGAGUGCGCCUUCGCUCAAGCCCGCUCACUCUCGAUUCCCUGCCGGCACUCGCUCAAUCUUCAUUCAAACCGAGGACACUCCUAAUGCCGACGCCCUGAAGUUCAUUCCCAACUCUCGCAUCUUGCCCGAGAACUUUCAAUCAUCCUUCCUCGAGUAUCUGUCGCCGCGCUCAACACUUGCGCCUCCUCACCCAUCGCCUCUUGCUGCUCAGCUGCUGAACGUAGAAGGCGUUUCAUCCGUCUUCUAUGGUCCCGACUACAUUACCGUUACAAAAGACUCUGCCACCCCAUGGCCGCACGUCAAGCCUGAGGUCUUUGCUUUGAUUACCGAGGCCGUGACAUCUGGACAACCUCUUGUAAACACGGUUUCUGGAAAGAGUGGUGAAGAGCAAGCAGUCGAGAAGGACUCUUUGGAGUACGAUGAGAAUGACAGUGAGGUUGUCAGCAUGAUCAAGGAACUGCUCGAGACUCGCAUUCGCCCUGCUAUCCAGGAGGAUGGUGGUGACAUUGAGUUCAGAGGUUUCGUCGACGGCCAGGUUCUUCUGAAGCUGCGCGGUGCUUGCAGGACUUGCGACUCGAGCACAGUCACCCUGAAGAACGGCAUUGAGAGCAUGCUUAUGCAUUAUAUCGAUGAGGUCCAAGGUGUCCAACAAGUACUGGAUGAAGAGGAGGAGGUCGCUCUUCGCGAGUUCGCCAAGUUCGAGGAGAAGCUCAAGGCACAAAAGGGUCAGGUCCCUGCUGGCACAAGCGGCAAGGGUUCUCUCGACACUGUCGAGUAG